AUGAACGGCGAGGUUGAGAUGAGCAUCGAGAAGGAGGAGGAGGAGGAGGAGGAGGAGGGAGGCGUAACGUACUACUGGAGCGGCCCCAAAGGCUACUACGAAAUCCGCAUCGUCCGCAUAGGCGAUCGCAUCAUCGAGACCACCAUCAGCGACUACCAUUUCGUCGUCAAGAAGUGGCUCCAUUACAUCGACCGCAACUACCGGAAGCGCCGCGGCCCCCUCGUCGCCGGCCUCGCCGUCUUCCGGGGCCACCCAUGCCCCCCAUGCUGGAGCUGGCGGACCCCCUCGGGGAGCCCCAGCAAUCCCAACAACCCCAUCCGUGCCAUCGCCCUCUGCCUCGGCGGCUCCCACUGCCUCCUCUACCAGGAGGACGACCGCUCCGACUUCCGCAAACCCAAGGGCCUCAACGAGUUCCUCGACGACCGCAACCUCGCCAUCGUCGGGAUCGGGGUCAAGCGGGACGCCGAGCGGCUCGCGGCGGAGUGGGGGAUCCACGUCGCGCAUCCGGUGGAGCUCCGGACUCUCGCGGCGAGGGCCUUCGGGGAGGAGAAGGUGUGGAAGGCGAAUCUGGUCAGGAGGCAAAUCGUGAUCAAGGGGCUGGGACUGGAGAAGCUGGCGGAGCUGGCCCUCGAUGGAAUGAAGGUGGGGACGAAGCCGGCGCGCGUGGUGGAGAAGGACUGGGGCGAAGAGCUCCAGAAUGAGCACAUCAUGUACGCCACCCGGGACGCCUUCCUCUGCUUCGAGAUCGGCCUCCAGUGCCUCAAGAAGAUCGGCCAGCGGACCUGAUUAUCUCAUCUGUUCUUGAAGAAUCUUUGGCUUCAUCUAUGUCUUGUUCUUGAUCGAGCGAUCUUGUUCUCAGGGUUAGAGUUUCUGUUAUCUUCUGCUUCUAUUCUUGGAACUUUUGGAGAAAUCGUCCCUUUUUUCGGUUUUAGGGUUUCCGGCUAUGGAUAUCUGUAGAAAGGUAGUAGAAUGUUUGCUUUGACGAAGAAUGGAAUGAAACAGUGAAGUAGUACUA